AUGGGAGUCGGGCGGACCGCUGCUCGAGUGGUCGGGAUAGAUGUCGACCGGUACAGCAAGGAGAAACGCGCUGCCGUCCCUGGAAACCCAGUCGGGGUAUCUCACUAUGUCGAAGCGGAACCAACAGCCAAGGAAGCGCUCGAACAGCUGAUCCCAACGGCGGGUGGUGUGAAGCGCUACUUCCGCUCCUUGUUUCCAUUUUUGGGCUGGAUCUUCCACUACAACCUCACCUGGCUGAGCGGCGACCUGAUUGCUGGCAUCACGGUUGGCUUUGUUGUCGUCCCUCAGGGGAUGGCAUACGCCCUGCUGGCCCAGCUGCCCCCCGAAUUCGGCCUCUACACCUCAUUUGUAGGCUUCCUGUUGUACUGGGCGUUUGCGACAAGCAAAGACAUUACCAUUGGCACAGUGGCGGUCAUGUCCACCAUUGUCGGCAACGUUGUCAUCCGGGUGCAGUCGACGGAGCCUGAUAUACCGGCGGAGCAGAUCGCAAGAUGCCUGGCCCUCCUCUCGGGAGUUGUACUACUGGUUUUGGGUCUCAUCCGCUUUGGCUUCAUCGUCGAGUUCAUAUCGCUCACUGCCAUCGCCUCCUUCAUGACCGGUGCCGCCAUCAGCAUUGCGGCUGGCCAGGUGCCCACGAUGAUGGGAAUCAGUGGUGUCAGCAGCCGCGAUCCGACCUACUUGGUCAUCAUCAACACCCUAAAGGGGCUGCCUCGGACUAAGCUGGACGCUGCAAUGGGCCUUUCGGCCUUGGUAAUGCUGUAUUCGAUCCGCUCUUUUUGCAAUCUCAUGGCAAGGAGGCAGCCUCGGAGACAGAAGAUGUGGUUUUUCAUCGCCACCCUGCGCAUGGCGUUUGUGAUCCUUCUAUACAUUCUGAUCAGCUUCCUUGUGAACCGGAAUGUGACCAAGGCCUCAGAUGCCAGGUUCAAGAUCCUCGGUCCUGUUCCUAGCGGAUUCCAGCAUGUGGGCGCGCCAGUGAUGACUUCAAAGGUCCUUAAUGCAGUGGCACCAGAUUUGCCUGUCACAAUCAUCGUGCUCAUCAUCGAGCAUAUCGCAAUCUCCAAAUCAUUCGGACGUAUCAACAAUUACAUCAUUGACCCCUCGCAAGAACUUGUCGCCAUCGGAUUCUCCAACGUGUUUGGCCCGUUUCUCGGCGGCUACCCGGCCACUGGCUCAUUCUCUCGAACCGCCAUCAAAGCCAAAGCUGGAGUCAGAACGCCGCUGGCUGGCAUCUUCACGGCGGCCAUCGUGUUGCUUGCCCUCUACGUUCUUACUUCGGUCUUCUUUUACAUCCCGUCGGCCAGUUUGGCAGCUCUCAUUAUCCACGCAGUUGGUGAUCUGAUCACCCCGCCCAACACUGUCUACCAAUUCUGGAUGACGUCUCCCAUCGAGGUGGUCGUGUUCUUUGCCGGUGUAAUUUUGACUAUUUUCACAAACAUCGAAAAUGGAAUCUACCUUAACAUGGCCGCAUCAGCCGCACUGCUGCUGUUCCGGAUCGCUCGAUCGCCAGGGCGCUUCAUGGGCCACACCAGGAUCUACACGACUACUGGCGCCGCAGGGGCGACUGCUUCCGAGCUGGAGCAAUCAGGAACUGGCCGGGAUGCAUAUUUGGACGAGGAAAGGCGAGACAACUCGAACCCAGACCUACCAAUCCGUCAAGUCCACCCAGGCAUCUUCGUGUACCGCUUCCCCGACGGGUUCAACUACACCAACUCGGCCGCGCACCUCGACUUCAUAACCAUGUACGUCUAUAAAAAGACGCGCCGGACCGUCCUGGACAACCACUCAAAGAUUGGCGACAGGCCCUGGAACGACCCGGGCCCCCGGCGCGGGCAGGUGGUGACGGACGACAUGGCAAACCGGCCUAUUCUGCGCGCCAUGGUCCUCGACUUCAGCUCCAUCAACUACGCCGACGUCACCUCGAUCCAGGCCCUGAUCGACCUGCGUAACCAGUUCGCCAAGCACGCCGCCCCGUCCCCCGUCGAGUGGCACUUUGCCGGCGUCACCAACCGCUGGACCAAGCGCGCCCUGGUGGCCGCCGGCUUCGGUUUCGCCGACACGGCCGCCGAGGCCAACGACUCCACCUCGUCCCCUCCCCGCGACAAGGAGUAUGAAUCCGACAGCGGCAGCCGUGCCCCGGGUUCCGCCAGCACCCCGGGAUCCACCAACACACCAUGGGCACCGCUCUUCAGCGUCUCCGUGGUUGAUGGGUCUGGGAACGCCGAGCAGCGGCACGAGGAUGGGUCUCGGGGGGAGGUCGAUGCCGAGAAGGGCAACGGGGCGGCGGCGGCGGCUUCCUCGCGAGGUAGUAGGCUGGUGCCUGUCUAUGGGUUGAACAGGCCAUUUUUCCAUGUCGACGUUGCAGAAGCGGUGCAGAGUGCGCUUUUGAGCAUCGAGAGCAAUACUUGA